GUCACAAUUCGAGGAAGCUGCGAUCGAAACAUCGUCGCGCUGACCACGUCCUCUCGUGAUGCCGAUUACUUCGUUGCGUUUCCGCAACUUCCGGCCAGCCAACUGCCAUAAGAUGACAGACAUCAGCCCUGGCGGCCUUGUCGCGACCGAUUCUUGUGCAUCAUAACGCAUCUUUCUCAGUCAUUCGUACGAAGCUUGACCCUCACAGCAUAUAGGUGCGCUGACGCUCUCAAUCGCUCUGGCAGCCUACCCGGACCUUUGUGCAGACUCUCUACGCCUAGCAGACCUAUUCCUUGAUUGAGUCUCACCUGUAUGGCUCGUGGAACCAUAGCAUUAUCGACUGGAGCAUUGCUGCUCCAGCUUCUUCCUCUGGUAGCUGGUCACGGCGACGAGCGUCACGACGAUGCGAUGAAUAUGAGCGGGCAUAAUGCACCAGCGCUAGCGCCACAGCCGCAGAGCGACGCACCGCAGAGUUACUGGCGCCUGAACGAGUAUGCAACGCUGAUGUACUGGCACAUCGUGCUGGAAAUCCUAUCUUGGGUGGUCAUUCUUCCAGUCGCCGUAAUGCUGAGCAUCGCUCGUUCGCGAUACGUUCUUCCCUCGCAGUUUGCGUUUCUUGUCGUGAAUGCGCUGGCGCUGCUGGUGGGGGUUGUGUACAACCAUAAGACCCCAGACUUGUAUGAGAACAACUCGCACAGCAAGACCGGAUGGAUCGUUACGUGGAUCGCGUCUGCCUGGGUGUUCAUGGCGCUCAUCCAGACGUACAUGGAUCGAAACCAAGCGCACUCGUACGAUGAUGAGACUAUGCAGCCACUCAACGCAGCAAACAUGGCGGAGUACCAGCGUAUGAAGGAGGAAGACCUUGAGAGUCCUUACAGAUACUCCAAUGACUCUGGUCAGGGCACUGAACGCAACUCAGCGUCACUUUACGGACACUCUCGAUCACCUAGCGUAGAGUCGGACGGAUGUCAGUUUCCGGGACCAGUGCGCAGGAACACACAUGACGGGCUCGAUGACCUGGAAGAUGUGAACCUUGAAAAGCCGAAGUCGCAGUCGCGUUUCGACGCCUUUUUCUCUCGUAACAUAGCUGGCUUCAUAGCGGGCAGGACUGCGAAGGUCGUUCGUUCGUUGUACGUGAUCUUUGAGCGCACAAUCAUCGUUCAGGGUCUCGUCGCCAUCUUGUCAGGCACGGUCGUGUACGGCGGUAUCGCGCAUGGAGGUGCAGUCUUCAACGUCUUGGCCCAUUACGUCAAGGGUGGCAUCUUCUUCCUGUACGGCUUCCUCACACUCGGACGCUGGAUGGGCGCAUUUGCUGAUCUGGGUUGGGCGUGGAACAUUAAGCCCUCGAAGGAAGUCGUUGGUCGCCGCAGGCGCAGCAUACCCUCUGCCGAGUUCACCGAGUCGUUCGUGAUUUUCCUGUACGGUUGCACAAAUGUCUUCCUCGAGCACCUCGCAGCCUGGGGCGAUGCAUGGACAUCGCAGGAUCUGGAACAUGUUUCGAUAUCGGUGUUGUUCUUCGGUGGUGGUUUGCUGGGCAUGAUCAUCGAAUCGACCAAAAUGCGCGAACUUCUCAACAGCUCCGUUGCGACGUCCUCGUAUGUCGAAGACGAUUCGUGGCAGGAGCCACGCACAUACAACUUCUCCAUGAACCCCAUGCCUGCACUUGUCAUUCUGCUGCUCGGCAAGAUGAUGAGCUCGCAUCAUCAGGCAUCCAUGCUGUCAACCAUGAUCCACAGCCAGUGGGGCAGCAUGUUCAUGGGCUUCGCGCUGGCUCGGUGCCUCACGUACGUCAUAAUGUACAUUGCGCCGCCCACUUCCUACCUGCCGUCUCGCCCGCCAACCGAGAUCAUAACUUCCUUCUGCCUGGUCGCUGGAGGCAUCACCUUCAUGGUCAGCAAUAAGGAUACUAUUGCGGCGCUGGAGUCGUAUGGUCUUGAUGCCAUGUUCAUGUUCACAGUAACGAUGGGUCUGACGGCGCUCCUGCUGGCCUGGACUACAGUCGUGAUUGCGAUCAAGGGUUGGGCCCUCAGUGUCAAAGGAAGAAGCCAACAGCACGCGAAGGGCCGGGCUGAUGUACUGGCCUAAGCAUGACUGGUUGUCAUCUGAUCUGGUCUAAGCGACCUCGAACUGUCUCCCUUGAUUACACGACUUUACAUCGUUUUGAAUUUACGAUACCAUUGCAGGAUACCCCUUUGCUGGAGUCGGCAAACCGUCUGGACGACUCCAUUUACACCUCCCUUUCAGCUGAGCCGGUAUUGAUAAUGAUGACUAACGAUAGACCUGAGGAUUUUCAAGAGGAGAAGGGUUGGGGAGCCUGGUAGUUGUAUAGCAGUGAUGAAUCAGUGGUAUAUUACUUACGCUUGCGUCUAUACAUGUCCAAUAAGUGACUUCCGCACCUCUUAACCGACGCUUUACGCUGCACCCCUUCCUCGUCCUCUUGCAGACCCCCUCGCAAUACCACUUCCUCUUGCUGCGCCUCUUACCGUACCACCUCGUGUAGGUAUCCCUCCUUU